AUUGAUUUUUCGUCACAACGUAAUGGCGGGUCACUGCGAAAUCGAAUUCGACAAAGAAAUUUAUCAUCCCGGAGAGGUUUUAAAUGGAAACGUGUACGUUACAUUCACCUCCGAGUGUACGGUUAGGGACAUAAAGUUAACGUUUAUUGGACGCGCCAAGGUGUUCUGGAAGGAGGGGAAAACGUGCGUGUACAGGCGCGAGCCCUACUUCGACGUGGAGUCCAGUUUAUUAACAGGCGAAAUGAAAAUCGAGCCCGGCCGUUACGCCUAUUCCUUCGCGUUUGAACUACCGGACAGUCUGCCGUCGACAAUGGACGCCACGCAGGGGAGCGUCAAGUACAAGGUGCGCGUGGACGUCGACAGGGAGUGGACCUGGGAUUACAACUGCGAGAAGGCCUUCACCGUGUUCACCUGCAACAGUCUAAGCUCGAUGAGUGCCGCCCCCGUCGAGUGCGUUAGCGAGAAGACACCAAUCUCGCUCGGCUCUGAAGGACCAAUUGAGCUCACGCUCUGUCUUCCCAAAGCCUGCUACGCGCCUGAUCAGGCCAUCCCUUGUACGGCAACGGUCAAAAACGACUCGGGCGCCACCGUGAAUGAGCUACGUUUCCGAAUGGUGCAGGGCUUUUCUUUUCAUGCCGACGGGAGAGUACACGAAAACGUGCAGGGCAGUAGCGAUGAACUCACCGUCAAGGAUAGCGCUGUUGCGCCCCAUACAGUUAAGAAGUGUAACUUUGAAUUCAGGGUUCCAGCUGACAUGUUCUUCGGGGCGUUGCCAAACUGCAAUUGCAUCAAGGCGUUUUGGACAUUAAAGGGGGAGGCGUGCCUAUCUUUUCCUCACACGAACUUGCACAUCGAGAUGCCUUUGCACCUGGGAUCGGAUGGUGCAUGAAAAUGGGGUUAUGCAAUACAUUUCAUGUAGCCUUAUCGUUAAACGCGUUUAGCUAUAGCACAAGCUUGAUAAACUACAGUAGUAAUUGUUUGUUGAAUUCUGUUAACUAAUAAAGUUCGU